UUCAUAUGUAAUGGUGUUCGGUCGAAAGGUGGCUGAACCCGUAAGACCCAGUCCUCCCACCGUUGAUCAGAUCUUAGAAGAUCUUAAAUCUGCCGAUCCAGUAGAUCCGGUCUAUACCUUGAGCAAACAGCUUUUGGGUGGACUUAUCAACGAGGAUUCCGAGGGAGACGACCUAUCCAACCCUAACGUACUGUACAGGAAGGUUUCGGAGUACGUUGCCUCGGCAGACAAGCUUGACGAGCUGAGUACAACAAUAUCUCAGGGAACAGAUUCACUUACUCAGUCCCAUCAGGAGCUAAUAAAGCUAGCAAAGGAGGUACAAAAACAACUUGACAGGAUCAAGGGUGGUGGUGAAUCAGGAGAAGAAAGCGAUUCAGAGAUCUGCUCUGAACCUAACCCUGAGAAUCGAGAAGAGUUUAAGGAAACCACUGUUGAGGUUUGUGAUCCUGAUACUGAACCUGAAGGUUCCGAGAUACUUGGAAGUCAGAAAACCGAAGAAUAUUUUGAGGAAGAAUCUGAAUCUGAACUGUCUCAAGAGAGCCUAGACUCCGAACCUGUUGAGGAGGAUCUGUGUUAGACAAUCAUUCAUAAUGGAGUUUUCUCUUGAUGUCCCAUUCUCCACGGAGAGGGAAGCCUGUAUUGCGUACGAUGCACUCCGAGUGGAGAAGGAACCA